GUAUGGAGUGCGAAGUUCGGCGGUAAGAAAUUGUGCGGUGUUUAAUAAAAUAAUGAUCGCUAAGGCUAAUCGAGGAUAUUCUAGUGCAUCGAGUGUCAUUUCAAAGGACAAAUAUCAGUCAGUUGCAGACUUUUAUUCUGGGAAGUCUGUGUUCAUCACAGGGAGCACCGGAUUCCUGGGGAAGGUCUACAUCGAAAAACUAUUACACUCGUGUCCAAAAUUAGAUAAAGUAUAUUUAUUAAUCAGAGAGAAGAAAGGUAUAAGUGCUGAUAAAAGAAUUACAGAUUUGUUUGAUAACCCGCUCUUCAAAAGGUUGAAAAGUAGCAACCCUGAUUUUUUGAAGAAAGUUGUUCUUGUACCUGGUGACCUUAGCUUACCGCACUUGGGGAUAUCGCCUAGUGAUGAACAGACUCUCAUUGACAAGGUUUCAAUAGUAUACCAUGCAGGGGCAACAGUUAGAUUUCAUGAGCCGUUGCCAGUGUCCAUUAACAUCAACUUCGAUGGUACAAGGAAAAUGCUGGAGCUCAGUCAGCGAAUGAAGAACAUUGAGGCUUUUGUCUACGUGUCUACAGCGUACGCUCAAGGUAGUGCUAAAGUACUUGUAGAGACCACAUACCCAUCACCAGCUAAAGUGGAAGAUGUUUACAAAUUCAUUGAAGAACAUGGACAUGAUAAUGAUGAAGUCAAAAAGUUUAUAGGUAGUCAUUUCGGCACGUAUGCAUUCGCUAAAUCAUUAUCAGAAGCCUAUAUUGCGAAAAAUCAUGGGAAAGUACCCGCUGUCAUCAUCAGGCCUUCAGCAGUGACCUCGAUAAAAGACGGACCAGUAAAAGGCUGGCUGGACAACUGGUUUGGAGCUAGUGGCAUUUUGUUUUAUAUAAACGAAGGUGCUAUCAGGGUUUUGCAUGGUGAAGGAAACAAUACUAUAGACUUUACACCAGUGGACUACGUUUCUAAUUUGAGUAUCAUAUCAGCUUUGAGAGCUAAAGAAUCCAAUGAAGUACAAGUGUUUAACAGCACAUCAUCAUCAGAUAAUCCAGUAAAUUGGGAUACAAUCUAUAAGAAAAUGAAGGAGGAAAAAACAUUGUCUGGGAAAAAUAAAUUUCCGUAUUUAAGUUUGACAUAUGUGAAUUCAAAACUGGGUCUGCAAAUGGGAACCUUUUUCCUACAGAUAACUCCUGCUGUUUUGGCUGACUUAUGGUUGAAAAUUAAAGGCAAAGACCCUAAGUACCUCAAAAUAGUAUCACAUGCCAUCGCCGUCCGAAACGCUUAUGAGUACUUUACCUCGAAUAUGUUCGUCAUGAGAUCUGACAGGACAAGGGAGCUGCACUCCUCACUGUCUCCCGAAGACAGGGAGGAGUUCCAAUGUGACCCCACCCAGAUUAGAUGGCCAGAGUACUUGAAAGAUAAUAUGCAUGGAAUCUAUAAGUAUUUGAAACCUCCUAAAAUGACAUAGAAGAAGCAAUGAAAAGAAGAAAGAAGGAAUUUAUACUUAAUUUCAGUUAACACCAGGAAUAAUGUAGCAAUUAAACGAAGUUUACAAAUAAAAAAGAUCUGUAUACAAAAUAAGACACAAAAAUUAAUAAAUAAUAUAGUAAACAGUCAAUCAA